AUGAAUGGUGGCAGCAACAGCAACAGCACCAACACGCCCAUGGACAUGGACGCGCAGGGGUCGCAGCAAGCGGCUCCUGUGGCGUCAGGAUCUCAAUUCCCGAUGGUCGCACCCCCACAAGCGUCGACCAGCUACGCCCCGCCCGGCGUAGCCCAACAACAGUACCUGGUGGUGUACCCGCAGGUGUUGCCCUCAACAGGGUACGCUUUCGGGCUGCCCCAGCAGCAGCAGCAACAGCAGAUGGCGCCGCAGAUGCUGGGCAUGCCACACAUAGGCAUGCAGUAUGGACCUCCGGCGGGGAUCCCCCUCAUGUCAUUCUCAACAAUGACAUGGGCCCCCGUGGCCGACCAGCAGACACUGGUCGCGCAUGAGAGCAACUGCCCGUUGUGCACGGAGUUCCUCCGCCACUACGCAGCAGGGGCUUCCAAGCAGUCAUUCCGGGACGUGCAGACACGCAUCCAGACCAAGCUACAAGGCCGGUUCUGGGCGCACUUCGAGCGACACACUCGCUCGGAGGGGGGAAGGGACCGCGAACACAUUGCGGAACUCAAAACCCGUCUGCAGACGCUGCAAGCGGAGUACGACUCAGAGCAGGAGCGCUUGCAUCGCUACCGAGAGGAGCGCAACGAGCUCAAGGAGGAGCAGCGGCGAAGACAGGCCCAGUUGACGACAGCAACAUUGUCGACAAGGCUCACCAUGCCUCCCAACCAGAGCACGUUGCACUGUCGCCGGGAUCCGAGGGAGGAAAGCCCUCGGAGGUGUAACAUGGACCCGCUUCCCAUCGCUGGCUCGAGCAGCGCGGGCACGAUGAGCUCGGCGUCAUUCUUGAUGUCGUACUCUGUGCAGCCGAGCAUGGCGGGGCCCUCAACUUCGUUCACGGCACCGUACACCGCUCAGCCAAGCAUGGCUGGGCCCUCCAUGUUGUUUGCGACACCCUACUCCGCUCAAAACAUGGCUGGGCCCUCUGGGUCAUACCAGGCCAUGGUGUCCAGGUCACCUGCUGAGCACCCCAUAGUCGACUUUGAGAACGCCUCGAGUGACGACGAGGUCGAUGAGCACCGGAUACGGCGGCUGGCGGAGCGUCGGCGGUACCGCAAAGCGCGUUGCAACCCCAGCGCACAGGCUGCGCCCGGACAAGGCGCGCCAUUCUCGAUGAGCUCCUUCACGGCUCAGUCAACCUGCGUGGUGCCAGGAUGGCCCCACCACCUCAUGGCCCCCCCCCACGGACAGUGA